CACCAAACACAGUGCCAGUUAAAGAGUAAGAUAAAAUGGAGGAAGCAGAGGAGGAACAAUCACUUGUGGCUCAUCACGUAAUGGAUCUGCAGGGGUUGCCGGAGGGUUGCAUAGCCAACAUCGUAUCGUUAACGAGUCCUCGAGAUGCAUGCCGGCUGUCUUUGCUUUCUAAGACUUUCAUGUCGGCGGCGGAUUCCGACGCCGUUUGGGACAAGUUCCUUCCGCCUGAGAAACGGACCAUGUCCCCAGAGGAGCUUGGAUGCUUUGCCGCCAAAUCCAAGAAGGAUGUCUACUUGGCUCUGUACCCUGUCCUCUUCAGCGAGGGUAAAUUGAGCUUUUCACUGGACAAGUGGAGUGGGAAAAAAUGUUACAUGAUUCCUGCAAGAGAGCUUGGUAUUGUCUGGGGAGGUACUCCGUUGUAUUGGAGAUGGAUUUCUCAUCCUGAAUCCAGGUUUGUGGAGGUGGCUGAGCUUCUUCAUGUUUGCUGGCUUGAAAUGCAUGGGAAAAUUGAAACACGCCUGCUGUUCCCAUUGACUCUGUACAAAGCUUACCUUGUGUUCAAGUUUACUGCAAGGGCUUCUGGAUUUGAAAACCUUCCUGCAGAGGUCAGUAUAGGGCUGGAGGGAGGAGAAACUACCAGCCAAACUGAAUUUCUUCACAGUGGAGUGAUAGACCGCCAUCGGUACCCGAAGGUGAGAUUUGACGGAUGGUUGGAGAUUGAGAUGGGCGAGUUCCUUACUGAAGGUGAAAAUGGGGUGUUGAAAAUGCAUUGUUUGGCCAAUGGGGGUGGUCACUGGAAGAGAGGUCUGGUUGUUGAAGGCAUUGAGGUCCGGCCGGCUAACAGGCAGUGCUUGUAGAAUUCAUCUCGUCUGUAUCAACUUCCUCGAUUUGUUUCAUAUCAAUCAUGUCUGUAAUCUAAGAAAAGCAACACCCUUAUACACUGCAAUUAACUUUCUGGAAUUGACGCUAAUUGAGGGUCAUCA